UACCAAGGCGAUUUCCAGACGUAAAAAAAUUCUGCGCUUAUUAUUUUUUUGUCUUUACUAUAAAACCAAGUAAAAAAAAUCUUGAAUAAUUAUUCAUCUUUUUUGUUUAAAUAAAAAAAUUGUUUUUGCAUUUAAUUUGUUCAAAUGAAUUUUUAGGUAAGAUAUGAGCGCUACUUGGUCUAAAUCUAGAAAAAAUAUUGAAAAUAAAGAAAUUGAAAAAAUGGCAGAUGAUGCAUCAAAAUUUUUAGGUGGGAUUUUAGGGGAUAUCAGUAACAAAUCAGCAUAUACUCAAAUUGGAAUUGGUGCCGCUUCAGGAUGGCUUACAGGUUUUACUACAAUGAAAGUAGGAAAAUUAGCUGCAUUUGCAAUUGGUGGCACAAUAAUACUUGUCGAAAUCGCACAUCAUGAAGGUUUUAUAUCCAUUGAUUGGGCUAAAGUUAAUAAGAAACUUGAUAAAGUUAGUGAUAAAGUAGAAACCGCUGUAACCGGACAAUCUCCAUCAUGGAUAGAUAAGGCUGAACGUUUCGUUGACAAGAAAUUGGAACGUGCUGAGCGUAAAACCAGAAAAUGGUAUAGCAAAUUAAUUGGCGAUGAAAAUGGUCCAAGAGUAAACGAUUUACAUUUAUUCAUAACUGCUUUUAUUGGUGGUGCAGCUAUUGGGGUUGCCUGCGCUUAACAAUGAAAAUAAUGUCAAAUGAUUGAUAGAAGUAAAAUCCCAAAAUUAAUUCAAUAACACCUAUCGAUUUCCUCCGAACUAUAAAAUUGAAAUCGUCAAUGGGUUGUUUGUUGAAAAUAAUUGCUUAUUACUCGUAAUUUUAGCUUGCAAAUAAAAGCAAAAUGAAAUCUUACGUAUAAAAUUUACACUUUUUUUGAUUUAUUCACAUUUUUUAUACAUGGUUUCAUUUAAGCUAAAAUAUUGUGAGCUAAAUUCUACCGAAAAGUGUAUUUUUAUUUUUGAAACCUCAUAAUUACUUAAAGCAAUGAAAUUGUUCUUUUAAACAAAUAUUAUUGCAUUCUUAUUUUAUGUUCAAAAUUUGUUAUAUCUCAUAAUUUAGUUUCUCAUCUUUAAUUAUUUUCAUAAAAUAGUAUUUAAAAACUUAUUUUUUUUUAUACAUUUACAUACAUAUAUUUUAACUCGAUAAAUGUUUAGAAUUAAAGAUUGUAUAAAUUAUUCAAAUCUUAUUAAAACAUUAGUCAUCUGUAAUAAAGCAGAUACCAUUAGUUUACAGAAUUAUUGUAGUUUAAAUUUAUUUUUAAUAUUUUUAUUUUUCUAAUUAAAAUUGAAAUCCAUUCGUUCAUAAUUACAGAUUUAUUUACAAAAACAAAAAAUUUAAGAUUUUAAGAUUUAAUCAAAUAACCACAAAUUAUAAAAAGACAAUAUUAUGCAACUUUAUAAAAUUAAAUUGGAUGUUAUCUUGCGCAUUACAAGAACACAUUAUUUUGGUAAUUGAGAACAGUCUGCCACUAAAAAGUGAAUAAAAAUAAAGCAAAAUUUAAAUAGUUUAA